UAAAAAUCAAAAAUUAUGGAACCUUACACUGACUCAAAGGGAGCAGGCAGUAACAACUCAAUUGAUUCACUAGAGAAUCCACCCAGCCAGCAACAGCAGUCCACAACGGUUGGCUCUCAGGACAUGUACAGCGAAUUUAUUGGCGCCAUCAAGGUUCGAGACGGCCUGUUCAUCGGUGACCAAUUGGCAGCCCAAGAUUAUGAAUUUGUUGUUACUAAUAAAGUCACACAUAUAAUUAAUACCUCAGGAUUACAGAUCAGGAACUACUGGGAAAGCAUUGGUGUAAAAUACCUCACAUUCGACUGGAUCGACCAAGACUGCCAGAUUAUUCUCGAUGCCAAAAACACUAAUGCUAAUUAAAAUUUAUAGUUUUAUCCAAGAAGCAGCCGAACAAGGAGAGAGCUGACUGGUCCACUCUGUUAGAGGCCAAAGCAGAGCUAGCACUGUAUUAGCAGCUUAUUUCAUGAAGAAAUAUAAAUGGUCAUUGUACAAAACAAUAGAAUUUUUGAAUAACAGAAGACCAGACUUAGAAAUAAGAGCUUCAUUUAUUAGACAAUUGAGUUAUUAUGAGAAAAGACUUCUUCAAGAAACUGGAGUCCAAUCUGAUGCCUGGACUGAACUUGCAAGCAAACCUCACCUUGAAAAUGAUGAGCUCAUUCUCACUCACACCUUUCUCAACGCUCAGAUGGGUCCAUUUGCUGAUUUUACUAGAAUUGCUUCAACAGAAGAGCUGAAUCCUAACUCAAAACUCAAAUGGAUUGAUGAGCGAGAGAGUAAGAAAGAUCUCCUAGUCACAAACGAGUCUAAAGAUGAUCUUAUCAACAAAGAAAGUGUACAAAAAGUAACUUCUCACUAUGAUAAACAAGCCGAGAAGUCUAUCAUUAAAGUUACAGCUGAAAAUACUUUCCUGAAUGAUCGCAUAGACACAGAAGAGGAUGACCUGUCUGACCAAAAGCCUCUACGAACAACUGAAAAAGAGGAUAAUAAACCAGAUAUUAAGGAGCAGUCCCAAGCUGAACCUGAAGAAAAGCAUAGUAAAUCUGUUGACUUGACCACACAAAACAAAGCUUUUGAUUAUAAAAGCAAGAAUAUCUCCGACAUUAAGCCCAAACAAGAGUCUGAUCAGUCUGACAGCUCCAGUAAGAAUCCUAAACACAAAGCUAGUAUCUCGGUUGAUAAAACCAAGAAAGAUUCUGAAGUUAAGACUCUAAAUUACAAAGGAAAGAAAUCUCGAGAGGCCACGCCUAAAGAGCCUCUAAAGCCGCCUAGCGCAAUCUCAAAAGUGUAUGAAGAAAUUCCAAACAGAGCACGGCCUUAUAUCAAGAAGGACUCUAUCAAACUCAAGAACAAGCCAAGGGCUUCUUCUGGAAAAAGGCCUAAAUCCAAGGAGACCAAGAAGCGCAGGAGGCCACGCAGCAAUGACGACCGCAAACUGAAGAACAGCUCCAUCGUGGGCUCUGUGCCAGGGAAGCGGACUGGGUCUCGAGGUGCAUCUGAGAAAUCGAACAAAGAGUUUCCGACCAAUGACACUAUCAAAAGAAGGAGCAUUGUCAAUAAAUUUGUGAACAACACGAUUCUGUACCAAGAACAACAAUCAAAAAUAGAUAGUCGGAAUAUUUAUAAAAACUCUUAUAAAAACAACCCGAAUUGGAACUCUGCUUCUCUGAAUCUAAAGAAAUACGUCAAGAAGGAUUUGACUCUCAGACAACCAACUAAGAAGAAGACCAAGAAUAAUAAAUCGCAAGCUUCAAAAUUGCCUAGUGUUGACAAGCAGUUGAGAACAUUUAUCAAUCAUGACCCAAAGAUGCUAGUGAACUCGUACUUUCCAAACGAUUCGGACUUUUCCAAGUCAUUUGGUUCAUCUCUGUAUAAUCCGACCAAUACUUCAAUUCCUAGUGGGAAGAAGUUAGCUGCUUUGAAGAAUAAUUUAAUAAUGAAUAAUACGUAUACAAGGAAGAGCACCGGAAGUUCUGUGACUAAAUCUAAGAAGUAUCAAACUUUAAAAACUAUCAUGAAGCCUCAAUCUAAACCAGAAGUUGUGCCUAAGAAGAGAUCUAUGUCCCCUGGCACAAAGGUAAACCUCAAAUUUUCAGCUAGUCAUGCAAUUAAGUUGGCCCAAAAUAAGCCGAGGGCAGGGUCAAAGAAGAAAACCAUGAGGUCUCCUGGCAUUAUUGGAAAAUUUUAAUAAAAGCAGUUUAUGUCAAAAACGGCUUUAUUUAACUUAAAUCUACU